CCAGACACCCUCUGACCACUGGGUCAUCUCAAGCAUGGACCUGCAGAACAAUACUGAGCCCUACAGGGUUGUCAUUGAAGGUAAACCUGGACAGAGCGCUGGGAGCAGCGUGGCCAUCUUUGAGAUCCACAUCAGCCCUGGAUACUGCCUGGAGUGUGAUUUUGAGGAGUCUCACCUGUGUGGAUACAGCAACCAGUGGAAUGCCAAUGUAAACUGGUAUGUGGGAGGAGGCGAAGUCCGGUUCCUUCAGAACAACUUGCCAAAUGACCACACAUACAACAACAGGACAGGCCACUUCAUGUACGUUGACUCCAUUUAUGCCAAGACCUUCAAAGAAGUAGCCAAGCUUGUGUCUCCCAUGACAAUGGUGCCAGUGUCUGGCUGCCUGAGUUUUCAGUACCAGCGCAGUGAGGAGAGAGGGAACCUGUUCUCUGUUUUCGCCCGGGACCGACUGGGCCAGUACCAGGAGCUGUGGAGGGCAGAGUCAGAAAACCAGAGUGACUGGAGUCAAAUGCUUGAAGAGUGGAUACCUGUGCAGGUGGAACUGAAAGCACCAUACUCGAUACAGGUGGUUUUUGAAGUGGCGUUUAACAGUCCAAGAGGUGGACGAGUGGCACUUGAUGACAUUUCCUUUUCUCCAGAGUUCUGCAGCAAAGACACUGAGCCGAUUUUUGACCCCUCCAUAGCCAACUGUGACUUUGAGUCAGGCUUCUGCCGCUACAUGCAGGACCAGCGGUCAGGGUCGCCAUGGAGGAGAGUGUCUGUGAGGCCCAACAUAUUUAGGAAUGGAGACCACACUACAGGGGCAGGAACUUUCCUGUUGGCUCACUCACAGAUGAUCCAACACGUGGGCUACGUAAGCCGUCUGACUGGUCCAACUUUGGCUGGGAACUUGAAAUACUGUUUGAGAUUCUACUUCUCUCUCAGGGGUUUCAACCAGACAGAUCAGGCUCUGGCUGUUUAUCUGGAGCAGCAGAGCAACAGCCAGGAGAAGAUCUGGACUCAGGGGGUGAAGUCCAGAGGAAUCUGGAUUGCAGCAGAUGUUACCUUCCAAACAUCUCAGCCUGCCAAGCUAGUUUUCAUCAGCACCUGCAGGAGCUUCUGGGACUGUGGCGCUGUGGCUCUAGAUGACAUCAGCGUGAGCCUCGGAGACUGUGAGCUGACAGCAGAUGUGUUGUCGUCACCUCUCCCUGGACGCUGUGACUUUGAAGCAGGCCUGUGUGAUUACACUCAGGACAAGCAUCACGAUGCUGCUGACUGGGAGAGGAGGAGAGGGCCCACCCCUACCUCAUACACUGGUCCCAGAGGGGACCACACCAUGGGACUCGGAUACUACCUGCACAUGGAGGCAUCGCCUCUGCUGCCUGGUCAGAACGUAAGGCUGCUGUCUCGCCCUAUGAGGGGUUCCAGGGGGCCUCAGUGUCUGCACUUCUACUAUCACAUGUACGGGUCCGGCACAGGUCAGCUCAGCGUUCACCUGGACAAGGACGGAGAGGACCUGUUACUGUGGCAACAGAGUGGUGAGAAGAGCAUCUCCUGGAUGAGGGCCAGAGUACAGUAUCAGUGUGACAGCCAACACCAGAUUGUGUUUGAAGCAACCAGGGGUUCGUCAGUAAGGAGUGACAUCGCCAUUGAUGACAUUAUUGUGGAGGAUGGACCGUGUCCAGAUAUGGAGACAAUGGCCACUGUGGGAGCCUCCAAUGAGAUUGAGUAGAAGAGAAGAGGAAACAGGAUGCGUCAAACCAGUUCUUUUGCACAUUACAGUCAAUUCGGUGUCGUCAGCUCUCAAGUAGUUCUGUGUUCAUGGAGCAACAUAUAUCAUGUAUCAUACUCAGCAUUUCUCUCUGCACUGCAGCAACAGAAUGUGUUCAACUGUAUUUCUCUUCACAUUUAUAUGCAUUAGAUUAAUGCUCAUUGAUCCAAUAAA